CGCAUUAUGCUCUGUAAUUGGAAAACCACCUUUGUAACCGAAUUAAUAUUCCUAAUGGAUGGACAGAGAGUUUGACACAGAUAAGCCAACCUUCAUUGAAAUCAAAGCGAUUCAGUAGCAUCUGUGUUUUUGCGCGAACUACACGCUUGAUGCUUAAACCUGCUUAUACCUUUUUUUUAUAAAAAGUUACACCCAAUCUACAAAUUCAAUGAACAGUGACAAUUAACCGAAAUAUUUGAAACAACAACUACAAAUAUUUCAUCAAGAAAACAACUUGUUUAUUAAUAGAUUAUAUUUUCUAUUUAUAAUUAAAAUGUAAUAAGGUGUUGUGACUUAUCGAUAGUUGAAAACAGUUUGUUUACUAAAAAUGGCUGAAGUGAAUAAAAGUUAUGUUCAAAGUGAGACUGAUGUCGAAAUGUACUCCGUGGGUGAUAAGAUUAAGGGAGUCCCUAAAGCCUAUGGGUAUGAAGAAGCUCUGGAUUUAACUGGACACGGCAGAUACAACAUCGGCCUAUUGCUGGCCUGCUUCAUGCUGAUCACGGCGAUGGGUAUCGACAUCUUCGGGCUGGGCAUCAUCGUGACGGCUGCCACCUGCGACCUGUCCCUCACGCUGCAGCAGAUCGGGGUGCUGUCCUCUAUGCCCUUCGCUGGCAUUAUAGUGAUGUCAUACCCGUGGGGCUACCUGUCUGACACCCGCGGCCGCAAGCUGGUGCUGAUGUGGGCCAUGUGCGGCAGCUUCGUGAGCGCACUGCUCAGCAGCCUGGCGCCAACCUGGCAGGCAUUGGCGGCGCUGCGGUUCAUAGGAUCUGCACUGUCCAGUGCAGCUGAGUCAGCGACGUACGCGCUACUCGGGGAAUGCUGCAACUCCAGGGUGCGCGCGCGAUACAUGCUGCUCAUGACCAGCGCGCUCAUGCUCACGCCCACAAUCUACUACAUUUGGGGCUACCUCAUAAUGAAGCUGAACUUCUCCAUUCCAUUUCUGGGCAUUGUGUUCCGUCCGUGGCGUCUGCUGACCUUGGUGAUGGCUCUGCCCCUCGGGCUUGGAGCGCUGUUGCUGCAUUUCUAUUGUGAGAGUCCAAAGUUCCUGGUCAACGUGGGGAGGAAGGAAGAGGCCCUGUUGAACUUAAAGAAGAUGUACGUUAAGAAUGGGGGAGCUGGGCCGGAGUAUCCUGUUCAAGAUGUAUAUUUAGAAGAAGGCAAUAAAGAAGAUGUGGGCGUGUUCUCGCUACGUUCACUGUGGACCCAGAUAGCUCCCCUGUUUAAGCCCCCGCUGCUAUGGAGGACCCUGUUGCUGUAUUACUUGACAUUCGUCACUUACAUCGCGAAUAACAGCUUCGCGAUAAUCUUGCCGACGAUAUUCAAUGUGUUCUUCACGUCGUACGCCACCAGCGACGCUGAUGCUGGCUUCUGUGACCUCUUCGCUGAUGCCAACACUGCCUCCGCGGAGACUAAUCAGACGGUGACGGUGGUGGAAGAGUGUCGGAACACCAUCAACGACAACACGAUAUGGGCGGGCUGCGCUCAUGGUUUCUCCUUUUUCUUGCUCAACGCUCUCAUCUCACAGUGUGCAGGCAAGAGAAAGAUGCUGAUGAUAGUGAUCCUGGUGGUGGCGGCGGCAGCGGCGGUGGGCAUCGACAACACCGGCGAGCCCAUCUCCGGGCUGGUGCUGUUCUACGUGUACCUCACCACGGCGAUGGUGUUCGGCGUCAUAUCCUCCUACUUCGUUGACUUGUUCCCCACGUCUUAUAGCUGAGACUUGGACACUCAAAACGAAAGAUCGUCGCAAGAUUGACGCUCUGGAAAUGUGGUGUUGGAGACGUCUGCUACGCAUUCCGUGGACCGCGCACCGUACCAACGUUUCAAUCCUGAGGGAACUCAACAUCAAAGAGAGAUUAUUGUCGAGUGUGCAGAUACGAAUCCUCAAAUUCUUCGGGCAUAUUACUCGCAAUGAGAACUCCAUGGAACGGUUGGUGGUGCAAGGGAAAGUUGAGGGCAAAAGGUCUCGCGGGCGCUCUCCAACAAGGUGGACAGAACUUAUUAAAUCAGGGACGCACUCUAGCGUAAAUGAUUGUUCUCGCUCUGCAAAGCAUCGAGCUGCAUCGCGAUUGCAUCAGUGGCACGAGAAUCGACCGAGACAUGACCCCGACCACUCUGUCAAGAGUGCACGACUAGGAAGAAGAAGAUCCCAGGAAACAAUGGCGACAUUUGAAAGAAGAAUUUAGAUGAUGAUGUUGUUCUCAGGGGCAUGGUGGCGUGCCUGGGCAUGAUGGUGGCGCGGUUGAGCGCAUUCGCGGGCACCAACGUAGUGGGGCGCGCCAUGACCACGCAGUGCUCCGCCGCGCUGUAUGGCGCCGCUGGAUUGGUGCUCAGUGGUGCAAUCGCAGCAGCGCUGCUACCCACAGGUGACCUGCAGACAACGUUGACCUGAAAUGUACAAAUUAUGAUUAAUGUAAUUAUACUUAAUGAAAAUAAAAAUUUAAAUAAGCUUUAAAUGUACUUUCGGCUUAGUUUUAAACAAGCAUUGUGCGUGCGUAAUAUUUGUCCAUUUGAAAAUAGGAUUUAGAUGUAAUAAUAAUGCGAUU